AUGAAGAGUGAGGUUCCUGAGGAUAGAACUACUUUGAACAGAAAUGUGAACAAUAUUUCUCUGCAGACUGGUGAGGAAUUUGCGGCCGAGUUUUUGCAGGACCGUGCUGCACUGAGAAGAUUACCGUCGGUCAUUACUAAUGUGAAUCAACAUUUUCCAAGGAGAGUUGGUUGCAAUUUGAAUGCGAAAAAUCAUCAGCUGGGUUAUGAGGAUCAUACAGGCAAUUUCGGGCUGAGGAGGAUGGAUUCAGACGAUUUUGUUCCUAGUCCAGGCUAUGUUGCUGAUGUAGAUCACAAGGGUUAUCCUAAUAAUAUAAGCAGAUAUUAUUGGGAAUAUGGCGGUGCAGGGCAGGUAUCAAGCAAGGUUUAUGAUGAGAAAAAUCGCGACCGUGUUAUUGCGGGGCAAACUAGUCCACAUCACCAUUAUGCGAUCGAGUCCCCUAGAUUGUACCAUCCUUAUGUGCCUGUAUUUUCUGAAGGUUCUUUCUCUGGAAAGAUGAAGUUUCUUUGCAGCUUUGGGGGAAGAAUUGUUCAAAGGCCGGGUGAUGGGAAGGUCAGAUAUGUUGGUGGAGAUACACGGAUAUUGUCGAUCAGGAAGAACAUCACGUGGGAGGAAUUAAUGAAAAAGACUUUUGCAAUCUGUAACCAACCUCAUACAAUCAAAUACCAACUUCCUGGUGAGGAUUUGGAUUCACUUAUAUCUGUUUGUUCGGAUGAAGACCUUUAUAACAUGAUUGAGGAGUAUCAAGAGCUAGAAAGAAUUGGGAGUUCUCAAAGGCUGAGGAUCUUUCUUGUGUCUUUGAAUGAAUCUGAGAGCCUGAGCUCCGUUGAAGUGAGGACAAUGCAGCCAAACAGCGGUGAGUAUCAGUAUGCCCCGAUGGACCGGAGUCCACGGAAAAGCUCCAGUGGGCAAAGCUUGGCCAGCCAGUCUAGCCAGUUUGGAAACAACUCAGACUAUAGUCCAAGCUUUCCGAGAGACUCUCCCACAUCAGCGUAUGCUUUGGAGAAGGAUUGUAGCCCAAGUAACUCAAACUUGAUGGGACUAUUUACAGGAUCCUUUUGUCAAUUUUCUCCCAAGCUUCUUCCAAGCAAGUCAUUCAACCAAUUACCUUCAAUGUCCCAUGUUCCUUUUCAGCACAUGGAUCAUGAUAAUCCCAAUGCGCACUACUAUGCGGAUCAUCAUCCACACACUGCCGUCGAAGGCGAUGCAGUUAGUCCUAUUUUCAUGGGAAAAUUUCCCGGUCAAGAUUCCUAUUAUGCUGAUGCCAUGGGAUACUAUUAUGGACCUUCACAACAGAUGAAUUAUCAUCAUCAUAACAUGUAUUUGGUGGAUUCUGACCAGACUAGCAGACCCCAUAGAGUAACGGGCUUUCAUCACCGCAGCCAAAGUGAAGAUUUUGAGCCUUUUUCGCUGAAUGCUCAAAGUGGCUUAAGGCAUGGGAGACCUAUGCCUAGGGAAGGGGGGUUCUAUAAUGACAGAUCCGUUUCUCACCCUCAAGACCCUCCUGGUUUGUUGUCAGGAUCCAAUGAUAAAGAUGGUUCUGAUAGCAAGAUGACUCAAGUGAUUUCAGACUCAAAGUUGCAUGAACUAGAUCAGAAGCCCUUGGAAGAAGUCAACAGAGCAAAAUUGCCUCUCAUGACAACAACAAGGUCGUCAAAUGAUUCGCAAAUUCGACAGGAAAAGAUAGCUAAAAGUGGUCCCCAUUUGGAACCACAUUGUAAGGAAGAUUCUGGUGAGGAUAUGUUGAAAUGGGAAAACAGGAAUAACUCCCAACAAGAUCAGUACAUAAAAGAAUUCAGAGAAAACAUUGAAUUUAAGCCAUAUGUGAUUGCUAUGGAACUUCAUGACUUACCAAACAUCAACUACCUGCAAAAUGCUAACCUUUCUUCACGUGAUUUACUCUCUAAAUCGGGUUCACCUUUUAAUUCAGAUAGAGAAGUACUAGCCCUUGAUCAGGAUCAUCUGAAAAGUACUGACAAUGAGAUUGGAAAGGUAAGUCUCAGCAGAGAAUCUCAUGAGGGGCCUAAGUUUGAUGAUGCUAUCCCUAUGCCAUCACAGUCCUUAGAUAAUUUUCGAGACAAUAAGGCGGCCGAAUCAGAAGCAGUUAUUAAAGAAGAUGUGACUCAUGGCGUACCACAUGGCAUUCCUUCUUCCUCUAAUGUGGUUUUGUUUGUAGACGAUGAGGUUACAGAUGAAUGUACAACUCCUAGAGAGAUUGAAGUAGAGAAUUCCACUCGAGCUUCGGAUAGUGAGGGUGAAGAGGCUGAUGGAAGUGAUGGGAAUGAGUCUAUGAGUGAUGCUGCAAUAGCUGAGAUUGAAGCCGGCGUCUACGGUUUACAGAUCAUAAAGAACUCUGAUCUUGAAGAACUGCAAGAGUUGGGAUCUGGUACAUUUGGAACCGUUUAUCAUGGGAAGUGGAGAGGAACAGAUGUUGCCAUUAAGAGAAUAAAAAAGAGUUGUUUUUCAGGCAGAUCAUCAGAGCAAGAGCGGCUCAUUAAGGACUUUUGGAGAGAGGCACGGAUACUGUCAACUCUUCAUCAUCCAAAUGUUGUAGCAUUUUACGGGGUUGUUCCCGACGCGCCUUGUGGAACAUUGGCAACUGUAACCGAGUUCUUGGUCAAUGGUUCAUUGAGGCAUGUCCUGUUGAAGAAGGACAAAGUGCUUGACCGUAGAAAAAGGCUCAGAAUCGCAAUGGAUGCGGCGUUUGGCAUGGAAUAUUUGCACUUGAAAAAUAUUGUUCACUUUGAUCUGAAAUGUGACAAUUUGCUUGUCAACUUGAGGGAUCCAGAACGGCCAAUAUGCAAAGUUGGAGAUUUUGGGUUGUCAAGAAUCAAGCGCAACACGCUCGUUUCUGGUGGUGUUAGAGGAACGCUUCCAUGGAUGGCUCCCGAACUACUUAAUGGAAGCAGCAGCAGGGUCUCUGAGAAGGUUGACGUUUUCUCAUUUGGAAUAGUGAUGUGGGAGAUACUAACUGGGGAGGAACCAUAUGCUGACAUGCAUUGUGGUGCUAUCAUAGGUGGGAUUGUGAACAACACACUGAGGCCUGCAAUUCCAAAACGUUGCGACGCCGAGUGGAGAAGGUUAAUGGAAGAGUGCUGGUCUGCUGAUCCCGCUGCAAGGCCAUCAUUCACAGAAAUAACUGAUAGACUACGCAAUAUGGCGCUGGCACUUCAGAAAAGCAAGCGACAAAAUCCUUGAACUAGUUGAACCCUAGAAUACUAAUGUAAAGUAAGUAUCACCAAAUACUCACACAUAUACAUAUAUACUAUUUAGCUUAAUUCGAACA